AUGGGCCCUUAUGAAAUUUUGGAGCGGAUUGGACCUGUUGCACAUAGAAUUGCACAGCCGCCAUAUCUUUCUUGUUUAUACGACGUGUUCCACGUGUCUCAGUUGAAGAAGUAUCAUCUCGAUUCGUCUCAUGUUAUUAAGACUGAAGAGGUCAAGUUACAAGAUAAUUUGACCUAUCGAGGAGAACCAAAGUGGAUUUUAGACGUUAAGAAUAAACAAUUAAGGAACAAGACUAUCCGUCUUGUAAAGAUCUUUUGGAAGGGCAUAAGUCUCGGUGAUACUACCUGGGAGACUGAGGAGCAGAUGCGUUAUGAUUACCCUUACUUGUUUUCUUAG